AUGAUAAAAUUUUACGACGGAUCCUAUAUAAUACAUAUGGGCUUGCAAGCGCAAGUCGCGUACGGCGUAAACGACCAGCUACUCUCAUUGUUCACCUCCCCUCCCACCGAAACCACCAUGCCCAAGCUGUAUACCUACCAAGAGAUCGCGGAACACAACAGCGAGAAUGACCUAUGGCUGAUCAUCAACGGCAAGGUCUACGACUGCACCAAGUUCGCAGAGGAGCACCCUGGCGGUGACGAGGUGCUAAUCGAUCUGGCUGGCCAAGACGCCACUGAGCCAUUCGCAGACAUCGGCCACUCAGACGACGCUGUGAAGAUGCUGGAGGGCCUGUAUGUAGGCGACCUGGACAAGGACUCCGAGCCUGUGGUCAGCGCCUCCGAGGACCGUUCUUCGAGCACGGGCGGCGGCGAGGGCAAUGGAGCGUUGUGGCUCGCGUUCAUUGUGUUUUUCCUCGCGGCUGUGUACUACAACUACCACCACAACAAGUGGGCUUAG